UAAGAGAGAGCGCACGGGAUCAAGAGCGAAAGAGAGAGAGAGAGCACGGCGCAGCGUGUGCCACAACACCAAAUCAAACACCUCACACGCUUUUUAACCAUCUCCUCCUCCUCCUCCUCCUGCCGCCAUGCCGACGGCCGCCGGGCAGAUCCAACCUCCCCGCCAAUACCACCACGGCACGCACCACCUCGAUUUCGAGUCGGCGAUCGAGGUCCCCGACUCGCACGCGUGGCCGGACCUCGACGACCUCCCGUCGGCCGCCGCCGCCGCAUCCCCGGGCACCUCCGUGCCCGUCGUCGACCUCUCCGUCUCCGUCGACGCCGUCCUCGGCCAGCUCGCCAGCGCUUGCGCCGCCUGGGGAGCCUUCCAGGUCACCGGCCACGGCGUCCCCCCCGGCCUCCUCCUCCGCGCCGAGGCCGCCUCCCGCCGCCUCUUCGCGCUCCCCACCAGCCACAAGCUCCGCGCCGCCCGCCCCGCCGAAGGCGGCGCAUCCGGCUACGGCACCGCCCGCAUCUCCUGCUUCUUCCCCAAGCUCAUGUGGUCGGAGGGAUUCACCAUCGCCGGCUCGCCGCUCGAGCACGCGCGCACGCUCUGGCCGGCCGGCGACCCCCUCGCCUUCUGUGACGUCAUAGAAGAGUACAGCGCACACAUGCAGCAGUUGGCCCGGAAGCUACUGCGGCUCAUGCUCUUCUCUCUGGGCCUCGACGACGACGACGACGACCUCGGCCCAAUCCAUGAGACCACGGCUGUGCUACAUUUGAACUCCUACCCGGCUUGCCCCGACCCGAACCGAGCCAUGGGUCUCGCUCCGCACACCGACUCGACCCUACUCACCCUCCUCUAUCAAAGCGACUCGAGCGGCCUUCAAGUCCUAGAACAAUCGAACCGAUGGGUGACGGUCCCCCCCAUGUCCGGAGCUCUUAUUGUGAACGUCGGAGAUUUAUUUCAAAUACUAUCGAACGGUAGGUAUAAGAGUGUCGUGCAUCGAGCGGUUGUCGAUCGAUCCCGCCACCGCAUUUCGGUGGCCUACAUGUGCGGUCCGCAAAAGGACGCCAAGGUCUCACCCUUGGAGAAGCUAGUGGAGGCCCAAGGCAGGGCUGCCUACCGCGCUGUUACCUGGCCCGAGUACUUGAACCUCAAGGGCAAGCUCUUUGGCAUGGCACUCGAGUCAUGUCAAGAAGACAUGCUAGUGGACGAGUGAUGAUGGUAUUUUGUAACGGAGGAUGCAAUUUUAUGCGCCUCCAACAGAAAAGUGUAUGUGAUAGAGUGUGAAUAUAUUUGCCAAGGAAAAAAAACUGAUGAUUGAUCCCUAAAAU